AUGUUGCUCCGACUAAUUUACUCGUUUAUACCACUCGGAAUCGGGGCCGUCUGGGCUCAACAGACACCUCUCAACAGCGCCAACGGAGCGUGUCUGUCUUCCACCGGCGGAAACCGGGAAACCUCCCGACUAUCAUGCUGCCCCACGGAUGACUUCGCCGGAAAGGGCUCCGUCGGCGGCAACGUCUUCACCUACAACUGUGGCCAAUGGGCGAGCAAGUACGACAGAACUCCCCACCCGGCCGCCACUCCUCGCGACUGCGCCCAGAUCUGCGCCAGCGAGGCUUCGUGUGUCGCGGCCACUUGGGACAGCAGGAAGGGACACUGCUAUGUCACGUACGAGCACAUGUCCUACGUGCCCCUUCAGACCGCCAGGUGGAUUCUCAUUGCGAAGACGCAAGAGACGGCCAUCGACGAUCCGUCCGUACCUGAUCCUGGCGCCAUAGCUCAAUGCAAUAAUGAGAAGGAUGCCAUCCGCCGCGAGUUGGCGGCUCAGUGCGAGGCGGAGACCAACGCUCUCAAGGCUACGCAGCAGGAUGCUCUCCGUCAGGCGGAUGAUCGUUGCAGAGCGGAAAAGGCUGCUUUGGAACAAGAUAAGGCCCGGUGUGAGCAAGACAAGGCUUCAUUGGAGCAAGACAAGAGCCGAUGCGAACAAGAGAAGGCCCGGCAAAACGCGGACGCCGCUCAGCAAUGCGACGCCAAGACUUCCGAGCUCGAGAAGAACCUCCAGGAAUGCAAGACCCAACAGCAGAACCAAGCAUCCGGCGGCGGCGGCGGCAGUUUCGCCCCGGCUGGAACCGCCUUGAUGGGCUGCUAUCAAGACCACGGAGGCGAACAACGCGUGCUUCCGAGCAAGGAGCUCAACGUCAACGACAUGACGCUGGCCAAGUGCGCGCAGAAUUGCCAGGGCUUCAAGUACUUCGGAGUGGAGUGGUCUUCACAGUGCUUCUGCGGCAACACUCUCCCGCCCAAGAAGUUGCCUCUGUCCGAGUGCAACAAGGCGUGCAGUGGCAGCAAGGACGAGUUCUGCGGAGGUGACUGGCGCCUGAACGUGUACCAGUACGGUGUUGCUCCGUCGGCUCCAGUCGAUAAGGGUCCCCAGGGAUUUUCGUCCAACGAUCCUGGGUGCAGCAAUCUCGACUGGUUCCGAUGUGACCGCGGGUGCAGGGAGUUCAGCGUCAACGGCGUGGAAUACACGAGUCACUGCAGUGUUGGAGUGCUUAGUACCCAGCAGGAGGUCUCGGCCCGAGAUCGGUACUCGUCGAUUGCCGACUGCUUGGAGAAGAGAUGCAAUCCUGACCCGACUUGUAUGGGUGUCGGUUGGGUUGAACGUGAAAAACGGACAAGACUCAAGUCGGAACGUAUCGACAGAACGACCGACUGCGCUCGCUACUUCCCAAAAGGCAAGAAACCGUACAUCAUGGCGGACCCCUUCUCCCUCACCCUCAGCCAGAAGUUGGCCAAGGCCAGUAGCGGCGAUAAGCCCGUGAACUACGCCGAAACUGACAACGGCUUCGACACGAGUGACUCUGAUAAGGUCAUCAUCGUCACUCCUGCUCCCUCGGGAUCAGACUCGCCUGACCUCAUUGACUUGUCCGACUUCGACGAUGUUCCCACCCCGAAGACCAGCAUUGACUGGAACUCUCGCGACCAGCUUCUCUCCGAGGAGAAGACCGAUAACCUUCCCGAGAAGAAGGACGAAGGCUUGGACAAGUAUCCUCAGGCGAAGGCGAGCCUGGAUCCAGAGUCGCCACCCUUCACCCCUCGCAACGGAUCUUCUUCCGGUAAUCAUACGCCUCCCUCCUCAAGCCGCUCUUCCUACACCGACGCGCAGCAAACGUUGGAUUCCCGAGAUGAUACAAUUCGCCAACUCCGAGCUCGUGUCAUCGAUCUCGAGGAUGGUCACGAGACCCUCAAGCGAGCGAACGACAGUCUCGACACUAACAAUGAAGAUUUGAAGCACAAGCGGGAAGAGGAUGAGCGCCAGUUCGAGAGGCUUCGAGAUGAUCUCGCUGAGUCCGAGCUUCUGCGCACUCGAGCCCAGAAGACUGCAAUUGAACAAAGCGAGAAAUGCGACGAGCUUUACGUGGAACUGUCUCGGGUUCAACAGGCCUACGAAAACGUCGAGCCGGAGAUCGCGGAGUACAAGAGGAAGCUUUCCGGUGCUCUCGCCAGCAACAAGCCUCUGCACGAUCAGGUCCAGUAUCUGCAAUCCCAGCUCUUGAAUGCAGCGGAGCGUAUCAAGGAGAUCAAGUAUUUUGCCCGCGUUCAUCUGGCGAAGAACCCCCAAGAUAUCGAGGCCUUUGCUUCAGUUGGUCUUACCCUGGGUGGAGAGGCUCAUGCGCUUGACUCUUCGCAAAUCGAAGCUGAGGCAUUGAUCUCAUUCGACGGACCUGCUGACUCGACGAAUAUGGACGACGAUAUCUACGCUAGAUCUCGAAGUGACAGCGUCGCAACCGAGAGGGCCCCCCCUCGCCAGCAAGACGACACCAUGUCUGUUACCACUUUCUAUGAUGCGGAGUCAACUCCGGCUUUCACUCACCAGCAGGAAGAAGACGCGAUGUCCGCCAACUCUCUCUACGAUGCGCCGUCAACUCCGCCAACCCCGGUUCCCGAGCAUGUUGAGCUUCAGAGAACCCCCGAAGUCACUCAAAGCUCUUUCAAUGACAACAGUGGCAUCAAGUGGAGCCAGGACUCUGAUCAACUUUGGAUUUCCGAGUUCGAGAAAGCUCAGGCUAUCCGCAGCCACCAGGGAGCGCGACACGUCACGCAAACUCCCGGUAUGUUCAUUCACGGCAUUCGGUUUGUGCGACAGCACACCAGACAGAAGCUAACGACAGAUGACGAUAUUCCAGACGUAUUGUCCCGUCGCGUCAUCAUCUCAGGUCUCCCAGACGGAGUUCACAUCCAGCGUGCUUUGGAGCAUGUCCGGGGUGGCAGAAUCCUCCGCGCCCACAUUAUCGCCACGGGAAAAGGUGACAACAGUAACAACAUCGCAUGCAUUGAGUUCAGCGCCGCUGAGGAUGCGAUGGACUUCUACCGCUUCAGUCGACGCCGCGAGUUUGGGUUCUUCUUCAAUGACGCAUCUGUUAGAGCCCGAUUAUUGCUGCCUGCAUCAGACUCUUUUCCCUUGAGCGAUCCUGUGCAGGCCAAGCUAAGUGAGGGAUGUACCCGCUGCCUGUUUGUCACUGACUUCCCGGUCGUUCACUUGCAGGGUGUUCUCAGCUUUGCAGGAAUGUCCCGCAACUAUGCCGACAUCGUCACACAUUUCGCCUGCUCCGAUGACGGAAGCUUCGAAGUUCACUUCUCUAGCAUUCAGUCUGCCGUCACCGUCCGCGACUACAUCAUCCGAUCCAAGUUCUAUCAAGGACAUCCAGAUGGAACAGGCGUGUCAUUUAUACCGGAUCCCUGCAGCGCUCCCGUCGAGAGCCUCAUUGUGCCCUUCCUUCCGACUCAGCCUACUUCCGAUCUGGCGAUUCUCGACCCCAAGAACGCUCACCGCUUCAUGACCGAGGAAGAGAGGCAACUCGACAGCGAUCGCCUUAUGGAAGAAGUUCUCGCAGCUUCUGACCCCAGCGAUCCUGACGCUUUCCACGAGCAAGAUCUUAGAAAGACCAUCGUCUGGGAGAAGGAAGCUAAAUGGGAUGGCCUUCCGAUCUACAUGGCUUACGAUCCUGAUCAGCGCAGAACCGUUCCUCACCAGAGAGACCCCGCGUCCGGCGCCGUCCGAACUCAGUAUCAUGGCCAGUGGGUGCUCUCACCUGAGGAGUCCCGCAAGAUGUGGCUUCACUACAAUCAGGACAGCGAGGAGCCUUGGACUCAGAAGACUGCAGACCUCUUCUACGCCUCCACCGGCGACAUCGACAUUAGGAAGAUCGUCGUCGACGAUGGCGGCCUCGACGGAGACGCCGAUCAGUUCAUGAAUCCUUGCGAGCCCGCUAAGGUUCUGGAGGUUGGCUCGUCGUCUUCCGCCUACCGAACUCCUGCCCCUACACCCACACUCACCGAAAUGGCCAGAGGUUACUUUACGGUCAAUGAUCACUCUAAGCACAUUCCCCUGGGUGUCUAUGUCAACAACAUCGGCUGCAACUCUGGACUGGAGAUCCCCUCUCUCCUGGACCACAACUUCGACCACAACACCACCAACAUUGUAUCAACUGCCAAUGUUCCCCCUCACAAGCGCGUCAGAAAUCUUGAUAGCAGCUCGGGCUUCUCCUCUCCUGCUCGUUCGGUCGUGGAUGAUGAUAUUGGUGGAGCAGUUCACGGUAUUUCAAAGGCGGGAUUCAACCAGCUCACUGCGCGGAUCGCCAAAGACAAGAGCCAGAUGAGUAGUAAGGCGGCUGGCAAAGCUUCGACGGGCCAGCCUCCUUUUUGGUAA